AUGGUGGAUGAAGCUGCGCUCAGACGCAUCCGAUGGAAGCUACCUCUCCGCGCGGGGCCAAAUCCAUACGGUAGACGCGCCAACACACGAAUCUUCCCAGCAAUUUCCAUCCCCGGCUUGCGGAGCAUCUUUCAAAUUCGCGCUGUCGCGGAGCAUAAUCCGAGCUUUCUACAUAAACCCACGCUCCUUAAACCCUGAUUUUCCCGCAAAGAGUCCCCGGCUUCCUGAUUUUCUCGGGAAAAAAAGGGAAAUGAAUCGCCGAGCUGCGGAGGCGCUGGCUUCGGCUCGUAGCGAGUCGAGCUUCUCCAGGUGACUCAGUGGGAUUUCUGAUGUACAUAGACAUGCUUACAACUAACCAUGUCACUCUCGUAAAACAAUUUUAUGAAUGUGUUACGACGUUCUUGUACUUGAUAAGGACACGUAGUAAUGUCAUACAGCACACGCAGUGUACCGUAGCAGUGCCCGUGACUCUGUAGCUUCUUUGAUGAGAAAAUGGAGCUUCAGUGUAGAUUGUGAACUAUGGUGGCAUGAUAUGGCCUGAGCAAAAUCAGGGAUCGAUUGGUUCAACUAGUUGGAAUUGGUGAACUUAUAGCUCAUAAGUUGUUUGUGUUCCAAACUUCUUUUUGCCAUGUGGAGUCCAUCAUUAAGCUGCUUGCUCUGGUUCUUUUCGAUUGGAGGGACUGUUGGCAGAUGCAAUGCCACAACGGGAAGGCUUUGACUGAUAAUUUACGUGUUAAGUUUUGCCACUGUGAGUUAUUGCUGCAGCCUAUUAGAGGGGGAUUUGAGAAUGUCUACUAGUCAGACCAGUAAAACACCUAGAAGGAGUCAACCUUCGAUCCAGUACCGGUGUAACCUUGUUGAACGGGCAUCCUUUGAAUUUGCUGAUUUUGUCCAUAAAGAGGAUGUCCCCACACAUUCUGAAACUUUUCAGCCGGAAAAGGCAGAUCCCGAGUCCAAAUCAACGGAAAUACUCACCACUUCUGAACUCAUCGCAGCAGUUGGCCAUGCAUGGGACUAUACAAGUCGUUCUCUCGCAGUUUUACAACAAAAAGCAAACUUAAGUUACAAAAUCUCUGGUGAGAAGGAAGAUAUCUUGCAUAAUGUGAAAUGGCAACAAAAUGGCUGUACAUCUACUGUGCCUAAAUGUAGUCAUUCUGACACCAACUUAACAGAAUUGCGGCAACUGAACCUAGACAUUCUUAGGACAACUAGCAGAAUGUCAGUGCUUAAAUUUAACGGGGAAAACACUGGGCGGUAUCAAUCACUGGUGCGGAAUUUUAGUGGGGACAUGACCAAUUUGCUUAAUGGACCUAGGGAUGGAAAUGGGAUUUCUUGUUUGGGGAUCUCAUCUGGACUGGGACUUAUUUAUGGCUGGAUGAGUGAAUUGAUACCUGCUGAGGCCAAACAUCCUUUCAAAACUGCUGUAUCUGAUAGUGAAAAAGCUGGUAAAUACUUUUCUAGAGAAAUAGUUACUCCUCCGCAGAAUCUUAUAUCAGAAGAUAGAGGCCCCAAAAUCUACAUAGAUAGUGGAAGUGCUGAUUCUUACCCCCCCUCUGUCCAGUCCAAGGAUUUGCCGGUGGCUAACAAUGCAAAAUUGAACUUGGACAAGAAGGAAAGCACCUCUUUGCUUUCGGAUUAUUACCUCAAAGUUGCCAAUAUUGAUGCAGACAGCUGUAUCUCAAAAGCUGCAUCCUCUAUCCUUCAUGCAGAUUAUCGUUUAAAGUUUGUCGCAUCUGAAAAAGAUGAAUGCGAACUUCGCUAUGAGAGCGCAAACGGUAUUGAAUUCUUUCCUGAAAGAAAGGAAGAGGACAAUGAUCAUCAUGCCCAGGAAGAACAUACCUUGAAGAUACACUGUUUGGGACAUGAUAAGCCUCAGGCUGCUGUUGCCAAGGAAGAACAUGCAUUUGCAGGGGCAUUUAGUGGUAUCUUUGUCAGCCUUUGUCUUCACCCAGUUGAUACUAUCAAAACUGUAAUUCAGUCUUACCGUGCAGAGCAGAAGUCUCUUUGCUAUAUUGGGAAAUCAAUUGUUUCUGAGAGAGGUCUAACUGGACUAUAUCGAGGUAUCUCAAGCAAAAUUGCAUCUUCAGGUCCAAUUUCUGCGAUUUAUACUUUCACUUACGAGUCAGUAAAAGGCGCUUUACUUCCUCUUUUCCCCAAGGAGUAUUACUCCAUCACACAUUGUAUUGCAGGUGGUUGUGCAAGCAUUGCUACCUCUUUUGUCUACACUCCGAGUGAGCGCAUAAAGCAGCAGAUGCAAGUGGGCUCUCACUAUCAUAACUGCUGGAAUGCGUUGGUUGGAAUAAUCACAAGAGGUGGUUUGCCUUCUUUAUAUGCUGGGUGGGGAGCUGUGCUCUGUAGAAAUAUUCCCCACUCAGUGGUCAAGUUCUAUGUUUAUGAGAAUUUAAAGGUGUGGACACUUUCCUCACUACCGCCUGGUGCUCAACUGAACACCCUGCAAUCGCUUGUUUGUGGAGGACUAGCAGGAUCUACUGCAGCUUUAUUUUCAACCCCUUUUGACGUGGUGAAGACAAGAUUACAAACUCAGAUACCCGGUUCUGUUCACCCAUAUAAUGGCGUUUUGCGUGCCCUUCAAGAAAUAGGCCAGCACGAAGGGUUGAAAGGCCUAUACAGGGGAUUGACUCCAAGACUUAUUAUGUACAUCUCUCAAGGAGCGCUAUUCUUUGCAUCGUAUGAGUCCUUUAAGAGAUUAUUCUCUUUGGACAAGCCAUAAGUAGCUGCUCAAGGACAAUCAUUAUAAGGACAACGCAGAAGAUCAUGCACCGUUGUUAAGCUUGGAACUGCAGUCAUCAUCUUCUCUGCCAUCAGCAGCCUCAUCCAUGAACUGCUCCGGCAAUAGAUAGUGGUGGUUCUUAACAGAAGGAAAAUGGAGUUGGUUGAAGGUCAUGACAGAUGAGUGCUUAUGAAGUUCGGGUCACAUCCUCGUGUGCCUUGACCUGAUGAAACAUAGCCAGAACGGUUCGUCGUUGAGAAAUUGCUAUUGCUCAGCAGCCGAAUGGGGAUGCAUUAGUUAUUUGCUGCUCGGUUUGUGGAAGCAGUUUGUGUACCUCAUAGAAGGCUAGAGGCAGAGAUCGCUCUCAGUGGGAGCAGCAUUGUUUGACCUGUGAAACAUAGCCAGGACGGAUCGUUGUUGUGCAAUUUGCUAUUGUUCAGCAGUCAAAUGCCGAUGCACUUGUAAUUUGCUGCUCGGUUAGCGGAAGCAGUUUGUGUACAUUAUAAAAGGGUAGAGGCAGAGAUUGUCGGCCGCGGGAGCAGCAUUUUUUUGGUAGGAUUUUCGUUUUCCAAAUUUAGCAAGGAGCUUCUUUGUCACAGUUCUUUCUUGUUUUUUUUGGCCCAGUUCAACAAACAGUUUGACAUCAAUAAAUUUCCUAUAGCUGCCACAAGCAAGUGCAACAACAGCUUGUAGACGUCUCUCAGUCAUUUGAUGUAACAUGUAAUCUCAUUGACGAUGACAUUACAUGAAACAUUUACUCUGGAGAUACCUAUUGAGCCUUGAAAUUU